CAUACAGUAAACACUAACUCUGCCGCUCCCAACGCGUCUUCCCGGUCAGUGAAGCACCUUGUACCUUGCUCACCAUGGCGACAUCAUCCGUUUCUCCCCUCAAAAUCCCAGGCCGUAAUGCCUUUCUCUCCCCUCUCGAUCCUUCUGCCGUCGGACUGCCCGAAUCACCAGAAAAAGGCAAUGCACUGCUCUCUACAUUCGACCAGAAACCACGAAGCCUUCGCAGAUUACAGUCACACAACCAACUCUUCUCUGUAAACAUGGGUACACAGUAUUCCAAUCUAAAGCCUCGAUCUGCAGUUCCGACGAGACCCUCGCGCGAACAGCUGAAUCAACCCACUCCCGCUACUACCACCACCUCGACUUCCCACAUCUCCUCUCGAACUCGUGCAAACAGCGAUGCCCUUCUACCCUAUGUACCGCCGAAGUCUCGCAAGUCAGGUGUAACGUCUCCUCCAUCCUCAAAUCACAUUGCAAACCAUGCCCGCAAAUCCAGCUUGGAAAUGACUCUGAGGGAUGGCCCUCCUCCCGGGACAACAGCAACUACAGCGUUGUCUCUUCUUCGCCAUUCGAUCUUGACUAGUGGUGUCACUGCGACAAAAGAGGGAAUGUCAGAUUAUCGGGUAUACUUGUGGUUGACGCUCCUGAAUGUUGCACCACUGCCGACAGAUACAUAUCUUGGUCUCAUCCACCGGAGUCGGAGUCCGGCGUACGAGAAGAUAUCGAAUGAUGUGUUUCGCACACUUGCUACCGACACGUUGUUCAAGAGACGAGUCACGGAUGCGAGUCUUACAAGACUUCUGAAUGCGACGGCCUGGCGGAUACAUGAUGAGCAGAACUCGGAUCCACCGAGUGACUUUGCGCAACGAUUUCCUCAAGCCACGUACCUUCAGGGGAUAAACGUGCUGUCGGCACCGUUGUUGUAUGCGUCGAGAUCUGAAGCACAAGCCUACGCACUCCUGAGUUGCUUACUCACAGAACACAUCCCGACUUAUCUCUCGCCCACCAUGUCUGGUGUGCAUAGAGGUUUGGAACUCAUCGACCGUAUUUUAGCAUACAUCAACCCAACCCUUUCAGCCUUUCUUUUGAGCAAGUCCUUGCCGGCCAAGAUCUACGCUUUCCCGUCCGUCCUUACACUCUGCGCGUGCACUCCGCCACUCCCCGAAGUGCUAAAGUUGUGGGAUUUCCUGUUCGCUUUCGGGGUACACUUGAACGUCAUCUGCGUCGUUGCUCAACUAUUAUUGCUCAAGGACAAAUUGAUGAACGAGCCAAGUCCAGCGAAAAUGCUCAGGAGUUUCCCCAACCUCAAUGCCGACGAGGUUAUAAAGAUGACGGUUCUAAUCGUGAGGGAGUUGCCCGAAGAUCUCUAUCGAGACAUUGUAACUCACGGAAGGGAGGUUUCUUGAUGAUGAUGGUUAUGUUGGCGAUGAUGGUCAUGAAAUGAGAAUGUAACAAUAACACACAACAACAACAGUUGAAUGAAGCUAGCUAAUGGGUCGAGGCCUUUGCUUUGCGACGACUUUUCACGAUAUGAUUUGCACACCAUGAAGACAUGUACGGAUAACAAAAAAAAGCUCAUGGAUCUAGCCUUUGGAACAGACAGAUGGAUUCUGGACUAGAUAGCGACGGAAAAGAUAGAUGAAGAAUUUCAAUUUC